AUAAUAAACUUCGAACUUAUGGAAAAUAAUUGUGGGAUAAUUUCAAAUGAUACAAGAAGAAAAUCUCAUUGAAGACUACCCCGGUAAUACUUUAUGUAACUAUAAAAGCAGCGCAUACUGCAGUACUUUUAUUCUAACAAAAUGAAAGCAAUAUACAAAACGUAUUUAAUUGCUUUGAGCUUAUUUGCUGUGAUAUUGUUGACGUGCUCUGAAAACGCAGAACUUGAUGGGCCAAACGUGUGUCGACGUCUAGAACAGUAUCAAGUUGAAGUAGUGACAACUGAAAAGCAGUCGUAUCAAGUACGGGAAAACGUAUGGUGCUUCAACGUACCACCAAGAUGCACAACGUACAAAAUAAAACAAAGAACAGUUAAUAAGACACAGUUACUAAAUAAAACGAGACCUGUGAAAGAAUGCUGUGAGGGCUACGGAAAGAACCCAUCGGGGGAUCGAUGCAUACCCAUCUGUAAUCAAACUUGCUUACAUGGAGUUUGUUCAGCACCAAACCAUUGCAAAUGCGAACCCGGCUUCGGUGGACCCUCUUGUGAUAUCUCAUGUCCCGACGGUAAAUGGGGUCGGGACUGUUCGAAAAUUUGCAACUGCUUAAACAACGCGUCAUGCGAUGCUUACUCUGGAGAGUGUAUAUGUGCAAAAGGUUAUAUAGGAGAACAUUGUGAGGAUAUAUGUGCCCCGGAUCGAUAUGGUAUGAAUUGUUUAGAGGAGUGUCGCUGCAAUAACGGCGGGUCCUGUCAUCAUAUAUCUGGUGAAUGUACAUGUGCUGCAGGUUUUACAGGUCCCUUAUGCGAGGAUAAGUGUCCGGACGGUAAGCACGGGGCCGAAUGUAAACAGGUAUGUCGCUGCCAAAACGAUGGUAAAUGUGACGCGAUCACAGGCGCGUGUGAAUGUCCUGCUGGAUGGAUGGGGUCUGUUUGUGCCAAUCGCUGUCCCCAAGGAAAAUACGGUUUGGGUUGUAACCAAACUUGCGAGUGCUUGAACGGCGAUUGCGACCACAUCACAGGACAAUGUGAAUGUUUCGCAGGUUUUAUAGGGGAGAAUUGUUUCGACUCAUGUCCCCCAAAUAAGUACGGGGAAAAUUGUUCAAAAACAUGUCAAUGCAAAAAUGGCGGAAAGUGCCAUCCGGCAACAGGAGCAUGUACUUGCCCUGAAGGUUGGGAGGGCCUCCGAUGUGAUUUAAGGAAAUGUUCGCCUAACAAGUAUGGUCCGAAUUGCACUAAAACUUGCGAAUGUGAAAUGGCAAACGUGGAAAUGUGUCAUCCAUGGACCGGGGAAUGUCACUGUAAGCCUGGAUGGAGCAGUGGCCAGUGUAACAGGCCUUGCACAUUCCUUAAAUAUGGAAAAAAUUGCGAUUUGACUUGUGAAUGUAGGAACAAUGCGAAAUGUUCCCCCGUGACUGGAGAAUGCAUUUGCGCUGCUGGAUACAAGGGCAUACAUUGCGAUGAAAUGUGCCCCGAAGGGACAUUUGGACUAGAAUGUGGCCAAAAAUGCGAUUGUGAAAAUGGGGCAAAAUGCUCUCCUGAAACGGGACAAUGCUUCUGUACACCAGGUUGGAAAAAUCUGAAAUGCGAUCGACCUUGUGAUGAGCAACAUUUUGGAAAAGAUUGUAAGGAAAAAUGCAAAUGCGUGAAUGGAGCUUGCCACCCACAAGAUGGUUCAUGUGGAUGCAGUCCUGGGUGGACCGGUGAAAGGUGUGACCAGAAAUGUCCAGAAGGCUUGUACGGUCACAACUGCACAUUAGAAUGCGAUUGCGAAAUCGAGAACACGAUUAGUUGCAAUCCCGUGGACGGUCGUUGCCUCUGCAAAAAAGAAUGGGGAGGUGUUCAUUGUGAAACGAAGUGCAAACCAGGUUAUUAUGGCGAGGCCUGUGAUAAAAUAUGUACUUGUCAAAACAACUCAUCUUGUGAUCCAGUAAGCGGAAGAUGUAUUUGCUCGAAUGGUUGGAUUGGAGAAGAUUGUAGUGAGCCAUGUGCAGAAGGGUAUUAUGGUGCUGGAUGCAGGGAAAGAUGCCCAGAAAUUGCGCAUGGAAAUAUGUCAUGUCAUCAUGUGACGGGAAAAUUUAUCUGUGCUGCAGGGUUUACGGGAAUGCUUUGUGAAAACCCUUGCUCACCUGGCACGUACGGGCUUGGUUGCAACUCGAUUUGUAAGUGUGAGCAUGGCGGUGAAUGUUCGCAUUUGACAGGAGAGUGCCAAUGUCCGCCUGGUUGGUCAGGUCCUUCAUGCAACAAAGCUUGUCCAGAAGGCUUUUAUGGGAAUAACUGCAGUCAAGUUUGUAAAUGUAAAAAUGAGUCUAAAUGCCGGAAAAAUGAUGGUCAUUGCUUAUGUCCUCCUGGAUGGAUGGGUGUUCAUUGUGAAGAUGUAUGCCCUGAUGGAUUUUUCGGCAAUCACUGUAUGGAACCGUGUGCUUGUCCAUCGCAAAAUUUCGUAUGCCAUGCCGCUUAUGGGUGUAUUUGCAGGCAGGGUUUAACAGGACCAAAUUGUGAUAUUCAAACAUCACUUCAACGUGUCCAGGUUACAGAAGAUUCGCCGAACAAAGCAGGCCUGGCGUUCGGAAUUGUAGCAGCUCUAAUUGGCGUUGGAAUCCUAAUUGGUGUACUUCUAUACUAUAGGCGAAGAGUGUCUAAUCUAAAAACAGAGAUAGCUCAUGUUGCCUACAUGGCAGAUCCGCAAUCGUUAAGUGAUAGACAUAAUUUCGAUAAUCCCGUCUAUGGAAUGCAAACAGGUGCUGAUAAUACCCGGCUUUUGAAUAACUUGCGACCAAAAAUGAACAAUCUCGAUCGUGGAUCGGGUCCUUCGGAUUACGAUGACAAUUCGAAUGCAAGCAGUCGAGCUGGAACGUACUCCAUUAAUUUCAAUACAACAUCUGAAAAGAAUUAUAACGCUGACUUGACAAACCCAAAUGUAUAUCACAGUAUCGACGAAGCUUCGAAGGAGGAGCAUGUGUACGAUGAAAUUAAACAAAAGGAAGGGUUCAGCAGUCCAGGGAUGGAGUAUCGUAAAAACAUUUUCAAGGAUGAAUACGAUCAUUUGGAUUAUUCUCGACCUGGGAGCUCCUUCAAACCUCAUUACCAUCGAAUGAAUGAGUUGAAACUGAAUAUCAAAGGAGAGGACGACGAGAAAACGAGUACUCUCUUCAAACCGAAAAAUAUCGAUUUGCCUACAGAAAAUUGCAGCGGCGGAUCAGAUAAUUCAAAUGAGGAAGCCCCGUUUCACCCAGAGAAGAACGAUUAAAACCUGAUGAAGACGGUGAAGCAAAAUGUUGGAACUUAUCUUCUGCUUUUUCGAAAGAAUACUGAGUGCGAGCGACUUCUUCAUUAUUUACGAUGAUCGAAAACUUGUGCAUUUCUUUCCCCUUGCUAAAAGUAACACUUAUGAACAUGGAGUUGUUCGAUCCUGUUUUAAAUUAUUCAUAAAAUAAGCCAAAUGUUUUGUCAAUUGCUCAUUUCGAAAGUGUGUGAAACUACGUCAUAUUUUAUACAAUUGUAUGUUUCUAAGUUGUGAUUGUUAAUUUUACUGAAAAAUGUUCAUCAUGUCGUAGGAUAAAAGUGGUUGCUUGAAACAUUCAAAAUUAUAUAUAUUUUUGCAUUUGAAACCGAUUUCGAAUAAAUAUGUAUAUUGUAGGAAAAAAGAGAAAGAAUCCCAAUCAAAGGAAAGUAUUUAGAGUAUAAGAUGUCAUCUAAUGAAAUUGAUAAAUUAUAUUUGUGUAAAUUUUAAAUAUUUUUAAAAAUGGAAUUUUCGACAUUUUAAAACUUUGCUCAAGAUUCUCGGAAAAUAUGGUUAUACGAUUUUAAUCAUGUCUUGAAGAUCUAUUUUUAAUAUUUCAAAACUCAUCUAGUAAAUGAAAAACUCUGUGAUUUCAUGCUAACAGACAUACAUAAAAGAUCAUAUACAAUUUUAGGUCAAAUUUUAAAACCAUCCAUCAGGAAGAAAAUCGAAGCAAUAAUGUAUGUUUAACAAUAUAAAUAUUCGAGUUUUAAAUUGUAAUUUAUAAGAAUUAAGGAUUCUAUUAUUUUAUAUUGAAAUGAAAUAAAGUUUGACAAUAAUCUUAA